GCUAAAGCACUUCCCUGUUCCUGCUCCCCCUCAAUGAUGGCAGCCAUGGGACAGAGAUGAGCGACGACAUAAUUUACAAGCCAUUGUCAGUAAGCGGUGCUGGUUUGUGGCAAUUUAUAAUCUUUUCUAAUAUUUCUCAGUUAUUUUCUGUCCACACACACCUUCAAAAAGUACAGAAAAUGAUUGUUUCUGGACAAAGCUAGCAAACAGCGGUUAGCAUCAAGCUCAAAUGAAUUUGAGUACCCUGCUGCACGAUAAAGCAGCUGCUCUGCUUACGGUGUAACAUCUCAAAAGCUUACUUUGCCAUGGCCAUUACUCAAUUCCGCCUUUUCAAGAUUUGCACAUGCCUAGCCAGCUUGCUUUCAUUCUUUAAAAAGCUAAUAUGCAGGAGUGGAAGAGGUCGCAAGCUCAGUGGUGAUCAAGUAACUCUCCCAACAACAGUGGAUUACUCCUCAUCGGUACCAAAGCAGUCUGCACAGCCUGAGAUAGAAGAAUGGAGUUCUUGGGAUGAAGAUGCUCCUACCAGUAUCAAAAUUGAGGGUGGAAAUGGAAACAUCACCCCUUCAGCUAAUGACCAAGAAGAAGAGCCAGACUACUUCAAAGACAUGGCCCCAACUAUUAGGAAAACACAAAAGAUUGUGUUAAAGAAAAGGGAACCUGCAAAUUACCUGGUGCCCGAUGGCUCCUCAGGUUUCUCCAGUCGACUGGCAGCUUCUCAGGACAUGAUGACUUUCAGUCCUCCUUCAGCUGAGUUGGGGGAAUUGGACACCUGGCAGGAAGACACAAAUGCCUGGGAGGAAGAAUCUGAUGCUGCAUGGGAGGCUGAAGAGGUCUUAAGAGAACAGAAGAUGGCUGAGCGUGAGAAGCGAUAUAUGGAGCAGCAGAGGAAGAAGAUGGAGAAAGAGGCACAGAGGAUGAUGAAAAAAGAGCAGAAAAUGGCCGUCAAGCUCUCGUAACAUUUUAUCACUGCUCAGGUCUGAGCCAGCGGACAGUCCCAGACCCUGAUUCUAAAGUUGCUCUUUUAAAUUUAUCAAUUAAACAGGUUCACCUGAGACAUCCCCUUUUCUCCACCAUUUUUCCACCAGCAUUCAUUUGAUUCAAAUUUACCUUAAUGAUGUAGUUGCUAAGGGUCAUUCACACUUCUGGGUUUUCUGAUAUAAUGUAUAACUGAUGCAUUUUAUAGAAGGUCACCGUAUGUCAUUUCAGUUUGGGAUGUAAAAAUUUGUAUUCAGGUCAUGUAAUUUGUAAAUUAAUGCUCUUAAGACAUGAGCAAGAUGUUUCUUUGUCUUCACAAUGGAAAGACGAACAGAGAAAUGUAAAUGUAAUUAUUAAAAGGAAUCUUUGAUAUACAAA